UUCUCAACUCUGUCACUAGUGGGGACACUGUUCCAGCACAGUGGGCAUUAGCCAUGUCACAGGGAUCAGUGACAUUCCAAGAUGUAGUCAUUGACUUCUCUAAGGAAGAGUGGGAAUUCCUGAACCCUGCUCAGAGAGAUUUGUACACAACUGUGAUGUUGAAUUAUCAUAAUCUGGUCUGGCUAGGCCUUUCCAUUUCUAAGUCUGUGAUUUCACUGUUGGAGCAUAGGAAACUGCCCUGGAUGAUAGGAAAAAAAGGGAUAAGAAACCCAUUACCAGAUGAGUCAGGUGGAGAGAUUAAGGAGUUAUCUACAAAGAGGCUAUUAAAGAAGUAUUAUCUCAGUUUGACACAGAAAUAAAAUGUACAAAAAAUACAUGUAAAGAAUGUGGAAAUGUUUACUUUCACAGUACUCAACUAAUUCUCCAUCAGAGAAAUCAUAUACGAAAGAAAUGCAAUCAUUGUUUAGAUUGUGGGAAACACUUCACUCUUUGAUCAACUCUCAUUCAACAUCAAAGAAUCCACACAGAAAAGAGACCCUAUAAAUGUGAUAACUGUAGUAAAACCUUCAAUCAGGGGGCACACCUCACCCAGCAUGAGAGAAUUCACACAAGUGAGAAACCCUAAGAAUGUAAAGAAUGUAGGAAAAUGUUCAGUCAGAUGACUCAUCUCACCCAGCAUCAGAGUACACAUAAGAGAGA